AUGUACACGGAGAGAGAGAGGGCAAGAGUAUCAGCGAAUGACACGCCGCUUACAGGUGCAUUAUUUAACUCCUCAUUCACCUCAAGCGUGACGGAGUUCUCUAACUUCUCUAUGGGGAAAUCUUCCAUGGGCUUCCACAGCACAUGCCCUCUGAGGGAUAACUGGAGUUUCUGCAGCGAUGGCAAAUCCAUCCGAUGGAAGGAAAACCCUGACAAUGAACUCCCAGAGUCGUUACCGGAAAGGCGUGGUUUAAUUUGGUUGCGACGACGACGGCGGCUUUCAGAAAUGCGGCGAACACCUGUUCCGUCAUCCACGCUGGCGUCGAAGCCAUCGACGUGCUUCUCUCCGUUUGCAGGUCUCAAACCACAUGGGAACCGUCAUGACUUGCGAGGGUCGUCAUCAUCGUCGUUUUAUUUUUUGGUGGAACGUUUGAUUGCCUUUACGCUCUGCUUGCUGGUAGUGUUUUUCUUUAUCCUUGUCCUUUUGUAUUAA